AGCACCAACCCAUUUCUCGAACUCUCUCUCUCUCUCUCUCUCUCUCUCUCUCUCUCUCGGGCGCGAGAUUCCACUCGCCGAUUACUGCGAACCCAAGCGUAGCCACGACCCCUCUCUCUCUCUCUCUCUCUCUCUCUCGCCGCUGUUUCGAGAAUCCAAAUCCAUUUCUCUAUUCAUCGCCACUCCCCCUCUCUCUCUCUCUCUCUCUCUCUCUCCUCCCCCAUUCUCCUCCUCCCUCCGUAUCUCGCGACUCCUACGGAGGAGCGAGCGCUCUAGCUCCAUCGAUCGAUCGAUCGAUCGAUCGUCUCCCUCCUCUCCCGCGAAACCCUAGGCGCGGCCCUCCCCCUCACUCUCUCUCUCUCUCUCCUCGCUUCGCUCCCCAUUUCGAGAUACUCCGAGAAAAUGGCGAGAAGUGCACGGGGCCGGAGGCUGUCAACUCGCCAGCUCAGGCCGACUCCCUAUCCCAUUCCUUCCUAUAGCAGGAAAGCCGAGAAACAAGCCAGCCGAAAGAAAACACCAUUAGCCUCUUUGGAGAAAAAGGACUGGGAAGAUGCCACCUGCUCGGUGUGUAUGGAGUACCCACACAAUGCUGUCCUCCUACUUUGUUCAUCCCACAACAAGGGCUGCCGCCCGUAUAUGUGUGGGACCAGUUACCGCCACUCCAACUGUCUCGACCAGUUUGAGAAGGCCUACACUAAAGAGACAUCCCUCAACGAGGACUCACACGCCAAUAGUAGUCUUUCCUGGCCCCCGAGUGAGAAGUCCGAAGUAAUGGAGCUUUCAUGCCCUUUAUGCCGUGGCCAGGUGAAAGGCUGGACGGUGGUGGAGCGAGCUCGAGAAUAUCUUAAUACUAAAAAGAGGACUUGCAUGCAAGAUGGCUGCUCGUAUAUGGGGACUUAUAAGGAACUUAAAAGGCAUGUGAGGUCCGAGCACCCUUCUGCGAAGCCAAGAGAGGUGGAUCCAGUACUUGAGCAGAAGUGGAGGACGCUGGAACAUGAAAGGGAGAGGCAGGAUGUGAUCAGUACAAUUAGGUCAACGAUGCCGAGAUCUGUGGUAUUUGGGGAUUAUGUAAUUGAAAUGGGUGACAGCGAUGGUGAGAGUGAUGAGGAGAUUGGCGAUGCCAACGGGGACUUUCGAGGAGGGGGUCGGGGUAUUAGCAGGAGCAUCCUGUACUUUUUAUUUAGGGAGAGUGCGAGACUCAUGAGGCUUCAUAGGGAGAAUAAUAAUAGUGCUAUUGAAAGUAGAGACGAGGAUAACAGUUAUGCUCCCAUUAAUGGAAGUGGUGGCAGUGGUGAUCUAAAUGCUGCUUAUCCAUCGGAUGAUGAUGACGAGGUUGAUCCGGUUAUGGCACGAGGGGGAGGUAUGGGUGUUGUGAGCUCGGAGAGGCGGAGGAGACGGCGUCGCAGGAGCAGGGGAAGGUUGGUCAUGCAUGUAGGCUGAGUUUCAGGGGUUUGGUCUUGUUUGCUAGUAGGGGGAGGAAUACAAGCUGAUUAAUAAUAGCUGAUGACUGAAAAAUAUUCAUAAGCUUCUCCAUUGAUUUACUGAUUUGUGGUCAUUGGGUAAAGAAUGGAAUUAAAAGGUCUUAUUUUAUCUGUGAGCUCAUUGGUUUAUAUCAAUGCAUCUUUUGUUUCAUA